AUGAAAUAUUCUUUGAUAGCCUGUCUUUUCUUUUGUGUUUUAAAUGUUGAGAUCACACUUAAUAAUGCAAUAACAACAUAAGCAUUAGAAAAAUUGAAAGAAUCUUCAUGGGCUUCAUUUAUUGUUGAAUUUGCUGAAGUUUAGUUAUCAACAGGAGGAGCCUUGUCUGAAUUAGUAGAAACUAUUAAUCAACUUAUCAGUUAAUUGGAAGAAGAACAACAAGAUAUACAUAAUAAAUAUUCAAGAAGAACUGAUGAACAUAAUCGUGAUGUGACUAGAAUAGAAUAAGAAAUCUAAGAUGCUGCUAAAGGUAAUAAUAAUAUAUUUAUAAUAAAAUAUAGAUAUCUUUACUGGAUAAGAUUUCAUUGAUAAUGUACUUAUUCCAUAGAAGGAAAGAUUUCAAUAAUCUUUAAUUUAAUUGAAAAUAAAUAUUGAAGAAAAUAGGAGAGUAUUGAAUGGGGAAAUUGUGAAUAGAAAGAAAUAACAUGAAUAAUUCUUAUCUAAUAUUGCUGAAAUAAAUGAAGCUAUUGGUGCAGUAGAUGAAUCACUAGGAUUAUUAUCUUAGAUAUCUAACCCAUAACUUGUUUAAUACAAGAGAGUAUAGACAAAUCUUGGUAGAAUUCAGUCAUCAUUCUAAAAUCGAUAAUCUUUUGCUCCAAUGAUUAAAGCUUUACUUGAAUUAGCCACUGAAUAAAAUUUCACUGAUUAAGGUUCAGUAUAAUAAGUAAUUAUUAAAAUAAUUUUAUCCAAUUUUAGCUUGUCAAAAUUUUUAAUGAAUUAAGAAUUCAAUUUGUUGAUUCUCUUAAUUAAGAAACUUUAAAUGAAAGUUAAGCAGAGACUAAAUAUACUGAAAGAAUUGCUUAAUUAGAAAAAGAAUUUGCAGAAUUUUAAAGAUCAGUAUUAAUAAAAAAUUCUGAAUUGGUUGCAAAUGAAUGUAUAUUCUAUUUAAAAAAUUUAGAAAAACUUGGAGAAACAAUUGUCUAUGUAGGAUAAAGAAAAGAUGAUAAAGAAACUCUUGAAGCAUAAUUGUAAGCAGAAAAUGAUAAUUAUGCUGCAGAGACAGAUUUAUACAUAAGAACUAUAAGUGAAUAUAAUAAAGAAAUUGAAAUUAGUAAAUAAGCCUAUGGUCUACUUACUUAACCAAGUUUCGAAUCUUAUGUUAGAUCAAAAGUUGGAAUUUGA